CUCCCAGUAAGGAACUGCCUUGAUUGUUUUUGUUUACACUUUUUUGUUGUAAUUUUCGUAUUCUGUUUAAAACAGUUUAACAAUACAUAAUUAACUUGUGAAAACUGCAUAAUGCCACCGAAAAAAGAUGUUAAAGGAGGCGCCAAAGAUAAAGGAGCAAAAGACAAAUCUGGUGGAAGUGAAGAUAAAGGAGGAAAGGAGAAGAAAGGAGGUGGAACUUCUGUGAAAGUUCGUCAUAUUUUGUGUGAAAAACAAUCAAAGAUUCUUGAAGCUAUGGAGAAACUUAAAGCUGGACAAAAAUUUCCAGAUGUAGCUGCAGCUUAUAGUGAAGAUAAAGCAAGACAAGGUGGAGAUUUAGGAUGGCAAAUUCGAGGUGCAAUGGUUGGUCCAUUUCAAGAUGCUGCAUUUGCACUGCCAAUUUCAACCGUAGCGAAUCCAAUUUAUACAGAUCCACCCAUUAAAACAAAAUUCGGUUAUCACAUUCUCAUGGUUGAGGGGAAAAAAUAAUUAAACUUUUGUUAUUUGCAUUAAUUAAUAAGAGUCAAAUCAGAAAUAAAAUCAAUUUAACGACAAUUUAAACUUGGACGAUGCAAUUCUAUUCAAACAUGAACGUAUCUUGUAUAAACAUGCGGUGUGUCCCGUGGCAAACAUCGUAUUUAUGUGUGUUCUGCACACAUAUCCUGUCGAGAGGAAUCAUGAAAUAUGAUGUAUUUAGCAUACACAAGCGAGCAUUAAAAAAAAUUCACACUGCUCGUCCUUUUAAAAUGUUUUAAUGAAAAUAUUUGAAAACUUCAUAUAUGCAUGCUAUAAGAAAAAAAGCAGUCAUUCCAUAGAAUCUCCUAUUCGCUCAUCAUACACUUUAUUUUCAAACCUUUCAUUCACAUCAAUUUUAUUGUUGAC